AUGGACCCCAGGGAAUGUGUCUGCAUGUCUGGAGGAAACUGCAUGUGUGGAGACAACUGCAAAUGCACAACCUGCAACUGUAAAACGUGUCGGAAGAGCUGCUGUCCGUGCUGCCCGCCGGGCUGUGCCAAGUGUGCCAGGGGCUGCAUCUGCAAAGGAGGCUCAGACAAGUGCAGCUGCUGCCCAUGA